AUGGGAAAAAAAAAGAAAAAAGAUUUGACUUGUGCAACCACACGAGGAAGAUGGCAUCGGGAGCUCAUCCUCACGCGACAUGAUCCCGGACUCCUCUUCUUUCCCCCCCCCCCACCAGCCACGCGGGAGUCGGCCUUCGUCCACGCCAUCGCCUCGGCGGGAGUGGCGUUCGCCGUGACCCGCGCCUGCGGCGAGGGCUCGGCCAGCAUCUGCGGCUGCACGGGGCGCCACAAGGGCCCCCCCGGCGAGGGGUGGAAGUGGGGCGGCUGCAGCGAGGACGUGGAGUUCGGCAGCAGCGUGUCCCGCGAGUUCGCCGACGCCAGGGAGAACCGGCCGGACGCGCGCUCCGCCAUGAACCGCCAGAACAACGAGGCCGGGAGGCAGUCCCUCAACGACAACAUGUCGCUGAAGUGCAAGUGCCACGGGUUGUCGGGUGGCUGCGAGGUCAAGACGUGCUGGUGGUCUCAGCCCGACUUCCGAGUCAUCGGGGACUACAUGAAGGACAAGUACGACAGCGCGUCGGAGAUGGUGGUGGAGAAGCACAGGGAGUCCCGCGGGUGGGUGGAGACGCUGAGGCCCAGGUACAACUACUUCAAGCCGCCCACGGACCGCGACCUGGUCUACUACGAGAGCUCCCCGAACUUCUGCGACCCCAACCCCGUGACCGGCUCCUUCGGGACCCGCGACCGCGCCUGCAACCUGACCUCGCACGGCAUAGACGGGUGCGACCUGCUGUGCUGCGGCCGGGGGCACAACACCAGGACCGAGAAGAGAAAGGAGAAGUGCCACUGCAUUUUCCACUGGUGCUGCCACGUCAAAUGCCAGGCGUGUGUGAGGGACUACGACGUGCACACCUGCAAAUGAGGACCCCGGGGGGCCCCCCCCACUGCGCCGCUUCCCGCAGAAUGUCAAAGACUUGAUUCGGCAAAAGGGGGGCAGGAAGGAGGCGGCAGCUUAUCUCCCGGGACGGCGAGAGGGUCUGAGCUGCCGGUGGA